AUGAGGGUAACCACUCUACUUUUCGGCUUGGGCCUUUUGGUCCUCUGCUUUUCGAGCGGUAGGGCUGACGACCCCACCGAUGGCAGCACCUCCCCGACUGAUGGCAGCACCUCCCCGACUGAUGGCAGCACCUCCCCUACUGAUGGCAGCACUACCCCCACUGAUGGCAGCACCACCCCCACUGAUGGCAGCACUACCCCCACUGAUGGCAGCACUUCCCCCACUGAUGGCAGCACUUCCCCCACUGAUGGCAGCACCUCUCCCUCAACAGGCGGCAGCACCUCUCCCUCGACAGGUGGCAGCACAAGUCCUUCGACAGGAACCCCCGGUGGUAGCUCCGCUUCCGGAAGUGACGGCAGCAACACCAGCAACAACAACAGCAGCAACAGGAACAACCGCAGGAGGAGGCAGCGUCAGCGUCGUCGUCGCCAGCGUCAGCGGGCACAGCGCAGGAGGAACCGCCGCAACAACAGGAACAACAGAGUCAACAACAACGGUUAA